AUGAAGGAUAAGGUAGACAAGAUAAUAGCGCAUAAAAUCAACGUAUUUAUAAAUCGACAGUUGAUAUACAAUUACCCAGAGCAAUUAUUUGCGGACGCUGGCAUUAUGGCCAUCGAGCACGCGGAUUUCGAGGGGGUAGAGAGGCUGGCGCAGGUUUUGGGAGGAGAGAUAGUAUCGACAUUCGACACACCGGAUAAGGUGAAACUAGGCCAGUGCGAUCUGAUAGAGCAGGUGAUGAUUGGAGAGGAUAGAUUCCUGAGAUUCUCGGGGGUGCCGUUG